UGGCUUGGGCAUCGAAGAAAAGAAUCCCAUUGGUCAAAAACAUGCAGGCGCCAAAAAUAUAUGACCUAAUCGAAAUUCGUUAAUGAUAGAGAGAGAAAGCAAGAGAUAAGGAAACUGCAAAAACCGGAGCAGCUGAAGUGAAGUGAACUGAUCAACAAUCAAUUUAAACUGUUAAAAUUUCAAUUUCCACAAGUCGCCGCAGUAUGACCAUAGCUGCCUCUACCUGCUGCUUCUCUGUACUCACCUCCACCGUUAAAUUCCGCUGCUACGCUUCUCCCCAACUAUAUCUCGCCGUGUCUCAUCGAUCCAUCUUCGUCACUUCUAAAGCUAUCAAUCAUAGAAAACGGCAUUCGAAACGAGCUUCCUCAUCGUCCUUUGAUAAAGUUAGCAGAGAUAAAGAAGGCGCGCAGAAGAACUCGUUGGGAAAAUCGAAAGAUGAUAGGUACUAUUUAUCCGAUAAUGGAGAUAGUGGUGCACGGGAGGCGGGGAAAUCUCAGUCAAUGGCUUAUAAGUCAUUUGGAAUGCAAAGGCAAAGGCAAAGAAAAGAUAAGAUGAAGUUUGGGUUUAAUUUAAAGGAGCAUGAGCAGGAAACUGGGAAUAUUCAGGAUGAGUCUUUUCUAGAUGCGGUUGUCAAGGUUUACUGCACACAUACCGCGCCUGAUUAUUCCCUUCCUUGGCAAAAACAAAGGCAGUACACAAGCACAGGAAGUGCUUUUAUGAUUGGGGAUGGAAAACUUUUGACAAAUGCGCAUUGUGUUGAACACGAUACACAAGUCAAAGUGAAGAGAAGGGGAGAUGAUACCAAAUAUGUGGCUAAGGUAUUAGCCAGAGGUGUUGACUGUGAUAUCGCUCUACUAUCAGUAGAGAGCGAGGAAUUUUGGGAAGGAGCUGAGCCACUCCAAUUUGGACGAUUACCUCGUCUUCAGGACGCAGUGACUGUUGUGGGAUAUCCCCUUGGAGGAGACACCAUUUCAGUGACACAAGGAGUUGUAUCGCGCAUAGAGGUUACAUCAUAUGCUCAUGGUCCGUCAGAUUUGUUGGGUAUUCAAAUUGAUGCAGCAAUAAAUCCUGGUAAUAGCGGUGGUCCUGCCUUCAAUGACCAAGGGGAGUGCAUUGGAGUGGCAUUUCAGGUUUACAGGUCGGAAGACGCUGAAAAUAUUGGAUAUGUGAUCCCAACAACAGUUGUAUCUCAUUUUCUAAUUGACUAUGAAAGGAAUGGGAAAUACACUGGCUUCCCUUCCCUUGGUGUACUGAUGCAAAAGUUGGAGAAUCCAGCAUUGCGUGCAUGCUUAAAAGUACAGUCUAAUGAGGGUGUGCUGGUACGGCGAAUUGAACCAACCUCUGAUGCAAAUAAUGUCCUAAAGGAGGGGGACGUGAUUGUGAGCUUUGAUGAUGUUCAUGUGGGUUGUGAAGGAACAGUGCCGUUCCGAUCAAAUGAGCGCAUAGCGUUCCGUUACCUUAUUAGUCAAAAAUUUGCUGGUGAUGUAGCAGAGCUUGGUAUCAUCAGAGGAGGCUCACCCAUGAAGGUUAAAGUAGUGUUGAAUCCAAGAGCACAUUUGGUUCCCUAUUAUGCUGAUGGAGGCCAGCCUUCUUAUUUAAUAAUUGCUGGUUUGGUAUUUACCCCUCUUUCUGAACCACUGAUAGAUGCGGAGGGUGAAGACUCUAUGGGGUUGAAAUUACUAGCAAAAGCACGUUACUCUUUGUCAAGAUUCAAAGGAGAACAAAUUGUCAUCCUAUCACAGGUCCUAUCAAAUGAAGUCAACAUUGGAUAUGAGGAUAUGAGCAAUCAGCAGGUUUUGAAGUAUAAUGGCACUCGAGUGAAAAAUAUUCACCACCUAGCCUACCUUGUCGAUUCAUGCAAGGAGAGAUAUUUAGUUUUCGAGUUUGAUGACAAUUAUGUUGCUGUAUUGGAGAGACAAGCAGCUAACGCUGCUUUAUCCAGCAUACUCCGAGAUUAUGGGAUACGAUGUGAACGAUCUCCUGAUCUGUUGGAGCCAUACGUGGACUCACCAGGUGAUAACCAAGUAAAAGAACGAGAUCCACUUGGUGACGGUCCUGUUUCUAAUCUGGAAAUUGGCUUUGAUGGACUUCUGUGGGCGUAACUGCUAAAUGUGUUGCGUCAAAUAGCUGUAAGGUCUUUGUUGUGGCUCUGCUGUACACAAUUAAGCUUACUUAACCUUUAAAAAAAUCAAGUAAAGCCUUAAUUCCAAAUUAAAUGGGACCGAUUAUAUGUGAGAUAUGAAUUUAAACUUUAUUAUAGCAGUUGUAGAGAGUAAAUAUUAAUAAAGUUUAUUGCAAUAAUUACUCUCUAUAACCGCUUUAAUAAAGUUUAAAUCUAUACCCACGUAUGGUCAAUUCCAAUUAGUUUAAAACUAAGGCUUGAUUAUUGAUGUUUUAUUUUUUUUUUUUUUUUUAAAGGUCAAGUAUAUAAGUGUAUACAGUACAGCGCAAUCGAGCCUUGCAACCAUUUGACUUAACGAUUUAUAACAUUGAAUAGUUUAAUUAUUUAAUGAUUUAAUUCGAAAUAAA